UUGCAUUCCGAUUCACAGCUUACAUUUGCUUCUGAAAUUGCUGGUCCUAUUUGCAACGAAGUUAUUGUGCCCACCUCAUCGAUUGCUCCACAAGUGCAUGCACAAGCGAAUUCUGAUGCAAUGCGCGUAAGCUCAACUGUGUCUUCUGUUGAUGAAGCUGUGGCUACUUCCGAACCUCAGACUUUUCACUCAUUAUCUCAACCCGAUUCGGAACCAUUGUCUCAGCAAGCUUCCACUGGGAUAUACACUCCCGAGCAAAUUUCAGCCAUUCAACUUUUGCAUGAGAUGGGGUUUACUGGCAGACUUUCAGAAACUGCUCUCCAGCUAAAUAAUUGGAGUCCUACACAAGCUGUAAAUUGGUUAAUCUCAACUCAAUCCGACUUUCUGGGCGAUCGUAUUAAUUCAGAUUCUUCCCAAGUGGUGAUUAAUACUAUUGAUAAUGCUGAUAGGGCCAGCCGUUGGGCAUCUGCUACAAUCACGAGCCAUGAUGAACAACAUCCCUCAGAUGCUACUAUUGUCAAUCCCGAGGAGGUAGAAACAACUCCAUUAUCACUCCGUUCUCGUGAUGAGGAUAAUAAUGCAGCUUGCAUUUCUGGAGGGCACAUUCAAUGUUCUGUACGUUCAUAA